UCUGAUGAGUAGAGAGAGAGAGAAGGAGAGAGGGGAGCAACUAACCUGCCCACAGUAUCUCACCACUUGCUCUCUGGAAAUGCUUCAGAUGGGCUCCUUGUUAAGGACCGGUUAGCAAUUCCGAUUUUUACGUUGCAAAAUGCCAUUUAUGUUGCCAUCGUUGAGACAUCCAGCGCGUCUUUAGAGUGCGUUCGAGGCUACUUCUUUCAGGGGAAGCGCUCGGGAAACUUGGACCAAAGGGAUGCGCCAACGAGUGCAUAUCUCGGCAGGGAUCAGUGAUUGAGGAUCGGAAAUGGCACGCAGUAGGCUCUCCUUAUGGAAUGAGACUCUUCAUUUUCCAGCACUAUCGUAAAACUAAUUGAACAGAAACAGCUCAUAACUUGCAAUAUUUCCACGGACAUAAAUCUGUAUCAGUGCUACAAGACUGCGGGACGACGGCGGACACCGAAUUCUGCAUUUUGAUGCGGAAAGUUGCAAAUGCUGUGAGUGGAUUGUGUGGCCACCGAAGUGAUUUGGAUGUCACCACUGUGGCGGAGGUUUGAGGGUUAGACGCCUGCCUCUGGGAUCAGCGGUGGACAUACACACUGUAUCAGCUGCGGACGGAUCGGCGACGCGACAAGCGCUCAUAGAGAAGUCUCUGGCACAGGCAGAUCUUCUGAUGACCUGAUGGAACUGAAGUUACAAGUAGUGCUUUUCUGGGUCCUGGUGCUGCACCGUGGCUCCGCUGAAGGCAGUAUCCUGUACCGGGUCCAGGAGGAGCAGCCUCCCAACACUCUCAUUGGUAGCCUGGCAUCAGACCAGGGCCUGCCAGACUCGGGUCAUCUCUACAAGCUGGAGGUGGGUGCUCCUUACCUCCGUGUUGAUGGAAAGACGGGAGACAUUUUCACCACAGAGAUUCCCAUAGACAGAGAGACACUGAGGGACUGUCGAUCCCUGGCUAAGGGUAAGCCCUGCUACCUGGAAUUUGAAGUAUCGGUGACAGAUCUGAUACAAAACCAGAGCCCACGACUCAUUGAAGGACGCAUUGAGGUGCAGGACAUCAAUGACAACACUCCACAGUUUCCCUCUUCUGUGCUUACCAUCUCUGUCCCAGAGAACACGAUCAUGGGGGCGCUGUUCUCCAUACCUCUAGCUACGGACAGGGACUCAGACAGGAAUGGGGUGGCGGAUUAUGCUCUCACUGCAGGGCCAGACGCAGCGACCCUGUUUGGUUUACAGGUGGCUGACGACAGGGGGGGGAAGCUCCCACAGCUCAUUGUCCUGGGCAACCUAGAUCGUGAGUUAAAGGAUUCCUAUGACCUCACCAUCAAGGCAGUGGAUGGAGGGAACCCACAGCGCUACAGCAGUGCUCUGCUGAGAGUGGUAGUCACUGAUGCCAAUGACAACGCUCCCAAAUUUGAAAGGUCCACAUAUGAGGCAGAAGUGUCGGAAAACAGUCCCGUGGGGCACUCUGUGUUGCAGGUCAAAGCAAAUGAUUCUGACAUGGGCCCUAACGGAGAAAUUGAGUAUACCCUUCACCAAGCAGUUGACCCAGUGCCGAAACUCUUACGAAUUGAUCGGUCCACUGGCAUUAUUUAUGUCAAAGGAUCCCUGGACAGGGAGGAAAUCAGCAGCUUGUCUUUCUAUGUGGUGGCGAGGGAUAAGGGUCCUCAACCUAAAAGCUCGAAGACAUUUGUAACUAUUGAGGUGACUGACCAAAAUGACAACGCUCCUGCUGUGGAGAUUCGUGGAAUCGGCCUUGUGACACACAGUGAAGGAGUGGCUAACAUUUCAGAGGACAUGCCCGUUGGCACAGCCGUUGCUUUGGUGCAAGUGUCUGACAAGGAUGAGGGAGAGAAUGCUGUGGUCACGUGUGUGGUCGCGGGAGAUGUGCCCUUCCAGCUCCGCCCUGCCAGCGACUCCUCCAGUGACAACAAGAGGAAGUAUUUCCUACAGACCACCACUCCCCUCGACUACGAACGGAUUAGGGAUUACCGAGUAGAGAUUGUGGCUGUGGAUUCUGGUAAUCCAGCACUUUCUAGUACAAAUUCUCUUAAGGUGCAAGUGACUGAUGUGAACGACAACUCUCCAAUAUUCUCGCCGACGGUGUUUGAGGUAGAUUUUGCCGAAGAAAACCAACCAGGAGAGAAGGUUUUGGAUGUUAUAGCGUCGGAUGCUGACAGUGGCACUAACGCAGAACUCCUGUAUAACAUUGUGGCGGACUCGUCUAUCAAAGGUCUGUUUGAGAUUGACCCCAAUACGGGCGAAGUAAGAGCCCGAAGCCCGCUUGACCGUGAGCAUAAAGAACGCUACGAGUUCCGGGUCACUGCAGCAGAUAAAGGGUCCCCUGUUCAUAAAGGUACAGCAACUGUUGUAAUAAAAGUUCUUGACCGCAAUGACAAUGACCCCAAGUUCAUGCUUAGCGGCUACAGCUUUUCAGUGUUGGAAAACAUGCCUCCCCUCAGUCCAGUUGGCAUGGUGACAGUCCUGGAUGUAGACAAAGGUGAGAACGCCCAUGUCCACCUCUCUGUAGAGCCUGAUGGAGGAAAGUUUGUAGUUCAAAAUGGAACAGGCACCAUUCUUUCAAGCAUCUCAUUUGACAGGGAGAAAGAGAGCAGCUAUACUUUCCGUCUAAAAGCAGUGGAUGAAGGAGAACCACCUCGGUCGUCAUAUGUGGGCGUUACCAUCAACGUACUGGAUGAAAAUGACAACGACCCUGUGGUCACAAAGCCCUCCAAUUCCUCUUUCAGGCGAUUGUCACCUCUAGCUUCCCCAGAUAGCCAUGUUGAGAUAGUGGAAGCUGAAGACCUAGAUAGUGGGCCUAACGCAGAGCUGGUCUUCAGUAUUGCUGGUGGAAACCCUUACCAGUUAUUUCGCAUUUCCCCCUCCAGUGGGGAAAUCACUCUAGCAAAAGAGAUGACUCGCAAACAUGGUGGACUUCAUCGCCUAGUGGUGCAUGUGAGUGAUAGGGGGAAGCCUGCACGUCAUGCCACUGCCCUGGUCCACAUCUAUGUCAAUGAAACCAUUUCAAAUGUCAGCUUAGUGGAGGCCCUAGUAGGACACAGUCUUUACACCCCACUGGAUAGGGACAUUGCUGGUGAUCCUAACAAUGGUUUUGCUGCACAGCGUAGCAACAUUUUGUUUGGAAGCCUUGCCGGUGUGGCAGGUGUAGUCAUGUUAAUCUUGGUGGUGGUAUUUAUUCGACACCGCAUCCAGAGAGAAACGAAGAGUGGUUAUCAGGCUGGCAAGAAAGAAACUAAAGACUUAUACGCACCCAAACAGGCACCGAAGAAUGCCAAAGGCAAAAGAGGAAGGAAAGGAAAACCCCCAAAGUCCCCAAAACCACUUGGUGAAGAUGAGAAAGUCAGCCUUCAAAAGAGCCUCAAGUUCAACCUUGAUGGAGUCAACGAUAGCCCCAGGAUACACCUGCCCUUAACGUAUUCACCAGGAAGUCCUGAUAUAGGCAGACACUAUCGCUCCAACUCCCCCUUACCCUCCAUCCAGCUGCAGGCCCAAUCCCCUUCAGCCUCUCAGAAGCAUCAGGCCGUCCAGGACCUUCCUGCCGCCAACACCUUUGUAGGGACGGGAGGAGAUGACAACUCUACCGGCUCAGAUCAGUACUCAGAUUACAGCUACAAGACCAGCCAACUCAAGUACAGCAACAAACAGCAUCCGCAUCGGCGAGUGACCUUCUCCACCGCCAACCCUGUGCAAGACCUGCAGGACGCCUCUCAGCACAGCUACUAUGACAGUGGCUUGGAGGAAUCGGAGACUCCCAGCAGUAAGUCAUCAUCUGGUCCUCGCAUUGGACCCCUGACCCUGCCUGAGGACCACUAUGAGAGAACCACUCCAGAUGGCAGCAUUGGAGAGACCGAGCACCCUGAAAACGAUAUCCGCUCCCUCCCUGAUGUGGCAAUGACCGGAAACUGUACAACCGAGUGCAGCGAAUUGGGCCACUCAGACGCCUGCUGGAUGCCCGGGCAUCCCUCCCCCGUACGCAAGACCAGGAACCCCCCGAAACUCUCCACCUUCGUGCCUUACCAGGAAAGAGGGAGCCUGGGACGCCUCGCUAACGGGAGCGCCAGGCUGGGUGGCGAGGAGCACCGGUCGCGCCUUCCGCCCUCCCGCAGUGCCUAUUCCAACAGUGGUCAUGACGCCAGUCAGGACUGCCCCUCAGAGGAGAUGCCCCUGAGCGUAGCCUCUGAGUUCCAACCCACCUCUCCCUCUACCCACACUCCAAAAAGAGAAAUUUACCUGUGAGGAAUAGUGUCAUCUGAUUGGUGCACAAAUGAAGAAAAGGUACACCCACUUCAGAUGGAAAAACAGGCUGUCCACAUGCUAAAGCCAAUGCCCGUUUUGUAGUUAACAGUAUUCCAUCACUGGCAUGAACACUUGUUUUUUGUCAUUUCCUCCUUAAAUUAUUAAUUUAUUAGCAUAUUUAUUAAGAAUUCCACAAAGUUAAUGGAUGCACUCGCUCAUUUAUUUAUACGAAAUCGUGAAGGAUACAAUUCUAACUGAUCAAAAGGAAGUGCAGAUGGUAAUUGCUACUUUAGUAGUAACUAAUUAUUGUUGUAGUUAGCCAAGUUCCAUUCUGUGAAGUGAUCUCUUGAAAUUUGGAAGUUGUGAUCAGUGCUCUUGUGCCAUUAUUAGCUAUCAUUUAUUAGACAGCCAGACAGGCCCGUACAGAAGGCAUAACACUUUCGACUAACAAUCAAAUGAAACGGUCUCUCUUAAUGUACAGUGCUGUAAAUACCUUUGAAUGGUGUGUUUUACAUAUAUUUUUGUCUGGCAUAAGCUGAAAAAAAGAAAUUGCCUCAGAAUUCUAGCAUAUUUAAGCUUUUCUUUGCUGCUGCUGUUUAAACUUGAUUGAAACCAUCUCCAGAAGUGGAGUUCGAUAUUGUGGAAAGGCAUUUAUCCGCCCCUCACAAUCACAAACACCUUGGACCCCUAAUCAUAGUAGAAUAGCCAUAACCUCUGCUCCCUGUAGUGCUCGGCCACUGGUGGAGAAGGCUGUGUGGCAACAUUUAAACUGACAUUAUGUUCCACUGACUCUCAGCACUGUGACCUAUCGUUCAUCAUAAAAACGGUUGACUUGGCCACAAUACCCCAAAGUCACAAUGACCAUUCCGAUUGGCUUUUUAUCUUAAACCUUAUGACACACUCUGUUGAUUAAAUCAUACGAGCGUGUCAUUUUUAAAAGCUCUUUUCUGUUGUGACAAUCAGACGGGCUCUCACAAUCCUUUCCCCUCAAAGCUCAUAGUCCUCUCUCUCCCCUUAUGAUCCACAAGAACUUCUUUGGAUCGGUUUAAUGCAUAAAGAAGUAUUUACAUAGAAGGGCACUUGAACACGUAGGACCACUGGAGAGAUUGAGCACUUGGAAGUUGGUACAUGAGUGCCCUGUUGAGAGUAAAUUCUUUGUGUUUUAAAGUAGCAGUUCGCUCUAGAUAAAUACUUCUUCAGAGGUGAAUUCAAUACACUGUGCACACUGGAAUAAGUGAAUUCACAGACAGUGUGGACCUUGAAGUCUAAUGAAUAGAUUUGAAGAAAUCCUGGGAGGUUUUGUCAAUAACAUGAGACAUUUCUAAGUAAGUGUUUGGUUUCAUGUGAGUGAAUAUCAUUUGCAACUGCAGAAUUUUGUUGAGCUUAAACAUAGGUUUAUAGUAGGAGUGUUGGCUCAAUUUACUGCAAUUCCUGUUAAUUAUGAUUUUCCCUCUAUUGAGGACAACAUGCUUAAUAAAUUAUUAGGCAUUUUCCUUCUUCUGGCUAUUAAAGAUGGAAUAAAAAAUAGGGCAUGCCCGUGGGCUUCAUUUAUCUUUACAAAGAUUUUCCAAGUGAAUCUGAAGGAGAUUUCUGAAGGACACUGUGUAUUAGUCAGUAAUUAAAUGUUAAUGAUGACAACAGUAGGCUGCCUUACAACAUUGUAGAGUAAGCCCGUGUCUGUGAUUUUAACAUUGAUUUGAUUAGAUUUGGAGAUAGCUCUCACCUCUGCAGAGUAUUUCCAUCGUGAGACUGUGCGUCCGACUAAGGGUGGAGGAGCCUUCAAUGGACAUUUCCUAAUUAGGGUGAGUAAUGAGUCCUGAGCUGGGGCAUGUGUGAGCACACCCCCAGGACACGGCACCCACCAGAUAAUGCAAAUCCACCCGCAAAGCUACAAUCAGUUAAAAGGGGUAUUUUUAUCAGCACUUACCUCAUCAUGCUGCCAUUGAAAACUGCGUUUAGAAUAAUUAAAAUGAAAACAUACGGAAAUUACUGGACAUGGCCAUGAUUAAAUAAGGUGGGCCAUUAUCCUGCCUUGAGGGGGAGAAAGCACAUCAUGUCGUUUUCAAAGCCAUUUAGCAAACUGAAAUAAAAAUUCAAACAACAGCUAUGAUACACUGUGAUUUAACCCCCCCAGCUCCACAAAGCCCCUCUCGGAGCUGAACAUAGCCCCUUCGCGAACUCAAAGCAGUGGCUAAACCACUGACCUGGAAUUAAUGAUAAGUGAGAAAGAUAGCAUUGAGUGAUAAAACCAAUGUCACAUAGCCUCAAUCACUUUUAUCUAUUGAAAAUGCCCCGGACUUGAUUCCGAUUCACAACUGCUUUGCAUCCAGAUUUAUCUCGGGGGAUAAAUCGUAACCUGAUUCCAGCCUAAGUACACUUAUCGCUUUCAGGAAUCUGGAAUCUUCAGAUUUGUCUCUUUGAUCGCCGACACAUGAAAUAAAUGGGGCAACUCUUAGUGGAUCAGUCGUAAUCAUCUGUUGUUGCUCUGAACGGAAUGACAGGAGUUUGAUUUAAGUCCUCUGCGAAAUGAGACAAAAUAACAAGCCUGGGCCUAUUUUUUCCCCUGUCUUAAGGAGUUGGACUCUUUCACUCCAGCCGAUAAUGACCUCCUGCUACUCACCCCUGGAACAAUGUAUCACCGGGUUUGAUCUUUCUUUUGAACUCAUGCUGAAUGAACUGUGUUUUCUUCUCUCUCAAACACAGAAGGGUUCUCCUUGAUUAAAUUAAGAGGACAUCAUGAAGCACCUGAAUACACUCAAAAGUAUGUUGAAUAAUGUUUAAUUUGUACUUAACAUUGAUUUAAUGUUAAAGUCACUUGAGUAUCUUUUGCCUCUCUGUAGUGUGUAUCGUAUGGUGAUCAUUUCUGUGGACAGGUGGACAAAUUGCUGUACUGAAAUUGGCAAUGGAUUUUUUUUUUUUUUUCUUACUGAUCAAAGACUCUUGGAAAAGUGGUUGUGUGAAAAAAUAUUGAAAUCUUUUGGUGGUGUAGUGUACAUAGAUCUCCACAACCCCGCGUCUGCUGUCAAGCAGGCGGCGAUUUAAGCAUGAAUUCCAAAGAUAAUUGGUAGAAACUGUUUACUCUUUUCCUUUACUUUCUGAAAUGUCAGUGCUGGUUCAUAUUCAAAAGGCCCUCUCCCAAAACAAUCUGAAAUUAACUGAACAUUUCAUCUUUUACACAGUUCAUCUAGAACAAAGACAAUUGCCUUGAAAAUAUGUCUUUGCAAGAGAGACUCUAGUUGUUAUCCUAAUUGUUGGUAUAUUUAUAUAGGAUAAAAUGCUUGUGAUGCCAUGUUUUUGUACAGUUUUAUGUACAUACAAGUGAAGCUUUCUAAAAGUUAUGAGAAAAGCCGAUAUAAAAAUUGUAACUUGUUUUCUUGAGAUGUGCACAUCUUGCCUUGGUUGGAUUGACCUUUGCUGAGUCAGUGUGAAUGUGGCCGUUCUAUGCCUGCACUGUAGUCAUUCACCGGCUCCCACCUCCUGAGGACUUUAUCAGUUUUCAUGUUUAUUGUGAACAGUGGCUCGUCUUAUCUUACCAGUUUGUUAAACUCCUGUGUUCUGCAUUGUUCUGUUUUCGCAUGUUGACAAUUUCUCUUGUAAUACUGUAAGUCCUCAUGAACUUUGUAAUUAAAUCACUUCAGGGAAAAAA